AUGGCAUCCUCUAAAGAAAUUACAGAAGCCAGAGAUGUACCUAGUCCCGUGGGGACCGCAUUGAAUAUGGUAGUUGCUUUAAAGAAAGACCAUGAAGCUAGUUCACCUGGAGUGGGGUUCAUGCCGCAUAUCCAUGAUGUUAAAGCUGGAGAGAUUACAAACACCAAUUUCUUUCAAAUAACAGAAGAUCUAGAGUUUAAUUGUGUGAUUGAAGGUGAUGGAUGUAAACUUGAUUCUGGAACUCUUAGUCUACCAACAUUAGAGUUUAAUUGGGUGAUUAAAGGUGAUUUUGGUUCUUCAAAUGAGACUCAAGAUAUCAUAUUUUCACAUGGCUAG